GCUCCCGCCUCCGCCAAAUUCCCGGAAACCGAUAUCCGACCGGUUCCUCAGCCGCCGGAUUUUCAUCCGGAGGUCAUCGUUUCCGGCCACGACGGCCUCCGUUUCUGGCAGUUCAUGAUCGCUGGUUCGAUUGCUGGUUCCGUCGAACACAUGUCGAUGUUUCCCGUUGACACUGUCAAGACCCAUAUGCAGGCGCUUCGGUCCUGCCCUAUAAAACCCGUCGGAGUCCGACAGGCUUUCCGGUCGAUAAUCCAAACGGAGGGACCGUCGGCGUUGUACCGCGGCAUAUGGGCAAUGGGUCUCGGCGCCGGACCUGCUCACGCUGUUUACUUCUCCGUCUACGAGAGCUCGAAGAAGUUCUUCUCCGGUGGAAAUCCCAACAACUCCGCCGCACACGCGAUCUCCGGCGUCUUCGCCACCGUGUCGAGUGACGCCGUUUUCACGCCCAUGGAUAUGGUGAAGCAGAGGCUGCAGAUGGGGAAUGGGACGUACAAGGGCGUGUGGGACUGCGUCAAGAGAGUAAUGCGGGAAGAAGGUUUCGGUGCGUUUUACGCGUCGUACAGGACGACGGUUCUGAUGAACGCGCCGUUCACGGCGGUGCACUUCGCCACGUACGAGGCUGCGAAGAGGGGAUUGAUGGAGAUAUCGCCGGAAAGCGUACCAGCCGCAGGCGGUUUGGCUGCUGCUGUGACUACGCCCCUUGACGUGGUCAAGACGCAGCUGCAGUGUCAGGGAGUUUGCGGGUGCGACCGGUUCAAGAGCGGCUCGAUAAGCGAUGUGGUGAGGACGAUAGUGAAAAAAGACGGGUACAGAGGGCUUGUGAGGGGAUGGGUUCCAAGAAUGCUCUUCCAUGCUCCGGCUGCUGCAAUCUGCUGGUCCACUUACGAGGCCGCUAAAUCCUUCUUCCAAGAUCUCAAUGGCGAUUCUAACACAACCUGACCGUCGUCCACACACAAAAAGCUGUUCGGGGAGAAUCCAUUACUGAGACUGUCAUCAGCUCUACGCAGAGAUCUGCUGCUGAGUUGAGAUUUAUUUGUUAAAUUGCUCUGACAGGGUUUCAAUAAUGUCUUAAUGUAAUAGCGUUCAUUUGUCCAUUUCUUGAACUGUUCUGCUCCGUCCAAAGAACUUCAUUUUAGUUCC